AUGAGUAGUGCCCAAAUUGCUAAUAUGUUUAACGAAGCCACAAUUUUAACGGUGCGUUAUCAACAAAAAGCAAUUAGCCAAGCUAUCCUUUUAGAAGCCUUUGAUCGUGUUUUAAUGGGACCAGCUUUAAAAAGCCAAGCCCUAACCCCCGAAACUAAAAAAUUAGUUGCUUAUCAUGAAGCCGGACAUGCCGUUGUUGGUUUAGUUCUUCCAGAAGAAAUUUUAGCUCAAAUUAUGUCUUUUCUAGGUGGUCGGAUUAGUGAAGAAUUAGUUUUUGGCACUAGUUAUGUCACUACCGGCAAUUACUCAGAUUACAAAAGAGUUUCUGAAUUAGCUAGAGAUUUGAUUUUGCGUUAUAGUAUGUCUGACUUAGGAAUAAUUGCCAGCCAGGAUUCUCCUUUUUUUGGUGAAGAAAGUUUAAAUGAAUUAUCUGAGGCAGCACGACAAAAAUUUGAAGAUGAACGCUGA